UUCUACAUAAUUGUAUUCCUCACAUUAGAUUUUUCCAUUUAUCAAUUAAUGAACUUCGCUUAGUUAUAUCUAAAUAUAAAUGUAUCUUGCCAGAUAAACUUCUUAAUGAAAUUUACAAACAUUUAUCAAAUACUAAAUUUAUAUAUAAUAAUCUACCAAGAAGAGAAGCAGUAUACUAUUUUAAUUCUAAAAUUAUCAAAGCUAAAGAUGCAGCAUUAAUAGCAAGUUGGAUUGAUGAAAAAAAAGGAAUACCUUAUCGUUUUAAGGAUAUACCUUUCAAAUUUAAACUUAUUUAUCGAGCAAGCAGCAAUGAAUUUAGAGCUGAUAAGUUUCAUGAGAUUUGUGAUGGUGAAGAACAAACCAUUGUCAUAAUUAAGGUCCGAAAUUCAAAUGAAAUAAUUGGUGGAUAUAAUCCAUUAGAUUGGCACGAAGAAGAUUUAAUAAAAAACAAGAAAAAUAUAGAUUUAUUUGAUGAUGUAAUGGAUGAAUAUGAUGAAUAUAAGUUCAAAGAAACAUCAAAAAGUUUUAUAUUUUCACUAUCUUCAUUAUCUAAUGGAGCAACUCCAAGAUUAAGCCGUGUCUACUCUAAAAAAAAAGCAAUCACUUUGUGUAUGAACAAAGGACCAUGUUUUGGUUUCCGUGACUUGUGGAUAGAAUAUAGUUCGCCAAGAUUUGCUGUUGGUAUAAGUGAUCAACACUCUUACGAAACAAAAAUUAUCGACAAAAAUAUUUUUGAAAUUGAGGAGUAUGAAGUAUUUCAAAUUAAAAGAGUAUCUAUAUUAUCUGGGUUUGCCAGGCAAAUGUUCAAGAAAAAAUCUGUAAAUAUCAAAUAUAAUGAAGAUAAUGAAGUACUAGAGAACACUGUGGCACAUUAA